AUGGCAUUGAUCACCAGAGAGAUAGAAAACAUCACUUCCAACGGCUCCGAAUGUUUACAGAAUGAUCUAAAAGGUACAUCGCACGCGUACCCUCAACGAGUCGAUUCUGUGUACGCUGCAAUAUGUCUUGGCGUUUGGUCCGUUGUGGCAAACAGCCUCCCGCUUACAGCCAUCAUCAAACAUGAACAGUUCCACACGCCUGCCUAUUUCCUCAUGGCUAACCUGGCAGCAAGCGACGUCUUGACCGGUGCAGCUUUCCUGUUUGUGGGUAGUUCGGUCUUGUACUACGUCUGCACCGAGACCGCCCCGUCCAUCGCCAUGCUACGGUUCCGCUUCACGUUGAUUCUACUCUCCGGACUGUCCUCCGCUUACAGUCUGCUGACCUUGACCGCUGAGCGCUACUGGUUCAUCGUCCACGGCAUGAGCUACGUUAACAAUGUCACCAACGACAAGUGCAAGAUUGCGAUCAUAGUGCUGUGGGUGUGGUCACUGCUGUUGGCGAUGCUACCCAACUUCGGCAGGCUUUGCGCAAGUCGUACGGAGGAAGGAUGUCUGUGGAUAGGGGGAGGGCUGCCUCUCAGCUACGUGGUGCUCAUCCUUGUGUUCGUUUUCAUCCCGAUGGCGGCAAUCGUCUAUUUCAACCUCGCCAUCUUCUGGUGUCUGUGGAAGCACGUGAACGCCAUCGCCGCACAAGAAGCCGCUGUGGGCGCCCAGUCGAGCGUCAGCAGAAAAUCCGCCAUCACCAUCGUCAUCAUCACAGUCGUGUUCCUGGUGGGAUGGAUGCCAUUUUCUGUCACGAUGGCCACACUGCCUCGAAACCCCGUCUCACUGUCUCAGAUGUUUGUUUUCAUCGUCUUGAACUCCGCCGUCAACCCCGUGAUUUACGGGUUCCGUCUGCGGGAGGUCCGUCGCGGCGUUAUUCGGCUGUUCUGCACCGGCCACGGAAACGGCGAUCUCAGCCCGUAA